GAGUUCUGAUUUGCUUCGCUUUUAUGAGAGUUCUGAUUUGCUUCGUUUUUAUGGAGGUUUUGAUUUGUUUCGCUUUUAUGAAAGUUCAGACUUGCUUUGCUUUCAUGGAGGUUUAGACUUGCUUUGCUUUCAUGAGGGUUCAGACUUGCUUUGCUUUUAUGAAG